GUAAUAAUAUUUUAUAUUAUAUUACUAACAGUCCGUGUAAUGUCAGUGAGCAUUAAAUUAAACAACUUGCUAUCGCACUGUUGUGUUUGCUUGAAGUUGAUCCAGGAGGAAUCCGAGGCCGUCCGAGCUGAUCAUGUUCAUCUAGAUUCCGGUCUCUCUGUCUACGACUUGCUAGUCGAAACUCUAUUGGAUUCUUCAAUAUUGAAAGAUCGUCUUGGUAUACGAGGCACAAUUUGCCAAAUAUGCUGCCGCACGCUUCAGGACUUCCACCAGUUUCGCAGCCAAUGUACGGAAAUUUACAAAUUAUAUGAAGCAUUGCUGCAUACUAAGGAUUCCAGGGACGAAGAACAGCUCCUGAAGCAUUUAGAGGAGAAGACUGCGUCCAGUUUGCGAUCUCAUCUGUUUCGUUUGGGUAUAAUUUCGCCGGAAGAUAUUUCCGCCGAUCUUUUCCUAUAUGGAAUAAACUUUAUUAAGAAUGAGUUUAGCGAGGAAAUAAUAUUAGAUAAUCCCAAAGAAAAAUCAAAUAAAUUAUUACUUGAUGGUUCCCCGUCAUCGGAAUUCGAGCCUCCAGAAGAUGAGAUCAGGCAGGAGUCAGCGGAAUCGGAUUCCUGUGAAGACAAACCCUUGGCUGAAAUCAAACGAAAAAGUCUCUACCGAAAGGCUGCAGAUUCUCAACAAAAGUAUUACGCCGUUUGCCCAUCUCCGGACUGCCAGGAAUUGCUGGAUGGGCAAAAGUACGCUAGCCAUCUGAAAGAGUUUCACCGGUACGGCUGUAAGCAGUGUGGUUUGAUUUUGAGUUCCAAGUACACGAUGGGAAAGCAUACCACAAUUCACGUGAAGCUCCCUUCAACCGUAAAGUGUACCUUCUGCGAGCGAAUGUUCCCCAAUUUAGCUAAAAUGCGCGCCCAUGCCAGGGAUGUUCACUUGCAACAGGCACUCAACUAUAAGUGCGAGGAAUGUGGUGAAAAGUUUGAAAAGCGCAAGCUAUUAAAUUUGCAUUGUGAAAUGCAUCUACCGAAAGAUUGUUCUCUUUGCAAGGCGAAGUUUGAUCAUCCAAACAAACUAUUCUACCACGUGAAGAAAAGCCAUCCAGAACAGUUGCUUAGCUGUGACCAUUGUGCGAGGAAAUUUCUAACGCAAUCCAAAUUAAAUCGCCAUCAAGUUGACCAUUCGGAAAAUUCGCCGCAAGAAGAUGGCUACGAACUACUAACCCUCAAAUCGAUAUCCAUCUUCGUUUGCAGCCAGUGUGAGAAGCAGUUCACCUCGGAAGCUCACCGUUCAGCGCACAUGACAAGCCAUGACCCGGCCAGCCGACCCAAGAUAGUGGUCAAAAAACGCUCCAAAGAAGAGCUGGACAAGCUGGAAAAGAAAUACCAAUGCGAUCAAUGUGAUGCCAGCUAUCGGCUGCCGACCUCGCUGGAGUCGCACAUGAAAACCCAUUCCGCUGCUCCGUUUGUGUGUGACAUCUGUGGGUCAUUUUUCAAAGCCAAAAGUUACCUCAAACAGCACGUGACCUAUCGGCAUUCGAGAGAUUUCCGCUAUUUCUGUGAUUUCUGUCCAAAGGCUUGCGCCACUAGUUCGGAUUUGCUGCGGCAUAGGCGUGUCCACACAAACGAGCGCCCGUACCAAUGUGAUCAGUGUGAGGCUCGGUUCAAAACCAACGACGGCUAUCGGAAACAUUUGCGCUCGCAUUCGGGUGAGAGGAUCUAUCGAUGCGAUCUAUGCGAGCGACAGUUUAUGUGCCACAGCAGCUUAAAGACGCACAAGAUUGCACACACUAAUGAGAAGGCAUUCAAGUGCUUUCACUGCACGCAGUAUUUCAAUGUGCCCAAAAAUCGGCGGAGACACAUUCUGAGGACACAUCCCGGAUUACCCACAAAGCAGCCAGUAACGGAGUGAACCCUACUGUGCAGGUAUGUG